AUGUUCUGGGGUAGUGUACUUAAGGAAGGAAAACCUUACAAAACUCAGUCAGCUCUCGAAGAGAACGACUAUCCAGUCUUGCACUUGAGCAAUGUAGCUCUUCCCAAGAAUGCCUAGGGCGGCAAAGUUCACCUCUUGGCUUCAAUGGGCAAAGAACUGAAGGAUUUGACUCUGGCCACUCUCUAAAAAGACAAGGUUGAGACAGUCGCAUUAGAUAUCUAUAUCAAUAUUUCUCAGAAUGUGACUCUCUCAGUCUCUGGAGGAGAGCUCCACUUGAGUGGAUUCUUCGAACCACAAAGAGAGGAGAUGGACGAGAACAUGUUCUUAGACGAAGAGGAAGAGGAUGAGGAAGAUGAAGAGGUUGAAGUAACCGGUUCAAAAGUCAACCAAAGCCUCAAGCAAGCUAAGAUCAACGCCCAAAAGAAUGCAAAGGGAGGAGCUCCAUUAGAUUCAGACGAUGACGAUGAAGACGACGAUGAAGAUGAUCUAGACGAUGAAGAUUUAGAUGAGGAAGAUGAUGAAGAUUCAGAGGAAGAUGUUAAGCCAGUUCAAAAGCAAUAGGCAAAGCCAACUCAAGUUGCAGCAAAGCCACAAUAAACACAACCAGCUGCCAAACAAGCAACCCCAGUUGCUCAACCAACUAAACAACAAGCAUAAGCUAAAGCAGUCCCAUAAUAAAAAGCAAAACCAGCUUUCGGUAGCUCAGAUGAGGAAGAUGAUGAUGAGGACGAUGAAGAAGAUGCCGAUGAUCUCCUUGCCGACGACGAUGAUGAAGACGACGAAGACGAAGAUGAUGAGGAAGUCAACCUUGAGAAGCUUAUGCAAAACCAAGCCAGAAAACACUCAAACGACAGCUCAAACAAAAACAUCCAACCACCUCAAAAGAAAUAAAACACUGGAGCCCCAUAAGGAAACCAAUAAAAGAAUGGACAAUAAAACCAACAAAAACCCCAACAACAAUAAAACAAGCCCCAGGGUGGUCAAUAGCAAUAAAAGCCCCAACAACAAUAAUCACAACCAAACCAAAGUGGCAGCAAUAAAAAGAACAGAAGAAAGAACAAGAAUAAGAACAAGCACUGA